AUGGCAAAACUCGAGGGCAUCCAACACAGGUACAGAUCACUACCACCUCCUCCAAGUCGCAACGGGUCCGAGUGGAGCUCCGCGGGCGCGCGCACCAGUCCACGCGCGGCCCCGAUGUGUGCAGGGGAGAGGCGCACGAGCGGCCCCGAGUUGAAGCGUGGGAGGCGGGCAGACAGCGGCGCAAAGCCUAGCGCCAUGGACAAGAGCCACACAGUGAAGCUCUUUGUGGGCAACUUGGCGCUAGACACGACCCAGGAGGAGCUGUCGGCCAUCUUUGAGCCCUAUGGCCAGGUGGUCAGCUGUAGUGUGCUGCGACAGUUUGCCUUCGUGCACUUGCAGGGCGAUGGGGCGGCCGAACGAGCUAUCCGCGAGCUCAACGGCCGCGAGUUCCGGGGCAGAAACCUGGUGGUGGAGGAAUCCAGGGGGCGUCCGUUACACUCCACCAAAGUGUUUGUGGGUAAUCUGAGCGGCAUGUGCACCACAGAGGACCUGCAGCAGCUCUUUCAGACGUUUGGGAAGGUGCUGGAAUGUGAUAAAGUCAAAGGCUAUGCCUUCGUUCACAUGGAAAACAAGGAAGAUGCACUACAGGCCAUAGAAGCGCUUCAUGGCACAUCCUUUAAGGGCCGCCCUCUGUCUGUGGAACUGUCCAAAGUGCAGCCCAGCAAACAAACGCCCACUGGAAAGAUCCCGUGUGUGAACUGUGGUAAACAGGGCCACUACGCUGGCGAAUGUCCGGUGGGGAAGCCCUCUCUUGAGCAGUAUCAAAGUCAAGCUGCUGUUCUGGCUGCUGCAGCUGCUGCGGCUGCCGGUCUACCUCUGCAGGUCCAACAAAGUGUGCACAACUCGGUCUACAACACUUCUACGUUUGACCCCACGUAUGCCGCGCUCACUGGGAUCACUACUGGCAACCGCACUGACGGGAACCCGGUGAACCCUGCUGUGUACGGGGCCCUGGCCAGCCAGGUGUAUGGUGCUAAUGUUGCCAGUCAGAUUUAUGGUACAGUUGCCAACCAGGCAGGGUUGGCAACUGGUGCUACCCAGGUCUACAGCUCAGUCGCCCCUAAUAUAUAUGGACAGGUUGCUACUACACCUGCUGCUGCGGCUGCUGCAGCCGCUGCUGCCUACUCCACCCCAGUUUACACCCCGACCAUGGCCAACGGGCACGUCUACCUGACCCAUGCCCACGGGCUGGAUAUGCAGACUGCAGCUGCCGCUCUAAACCCUGCUUUUACUAUGGCUCCAGGCCUUUACAGCGCCGCUGCUCCAGCCUACGCCCACCUCAGUGCCAUGGGAGUGGACCCUACAGCAGCCUUAUUCGAAGCCGCGAGGCAGGUACACUACUUCACCCAGGGCCAGCAGGUCGUGGCUGAACAGCAGAAUGCAGUGGUGGCUGCUGCGGCAGCGGCAGCUGCAGCAAAGUCUGGAGAGAGGGACCGCAGCCCCUUGAGGAGGUCGGCCCCUCUGUUGCCAGAUCCAGUCAUCAAACCCUUCAUAUACCAGAGGGUGAAGCCUCGGCGACCGUUGCUGCCCACACCAUCAGGCCGUGCUGCAGAAGAGGCAGUGGAGGUGGCAGAGGACCCCAUGGCCAGGUACUAUGCCGAGUACUACCAGCAGCUGCAGCAGUACCCUCAGUUCCAGUUCUACCCUCCCGGUGCCAUGGCUGCUCUUCCUGGGUUGGCCGGGAUGGCUGGAAUGACUGCUGUCCCCGCGAUGACUGCUCAGCCUGUGGCUGCGCUGGACGCUCUCAGGCCAGUGGUUCCCACAGCCGCGGCGGUGGCUGCCGCCAUGGCUGCGCCCAGGGUGUAUGAGCCGCCGUUGCCGCCGCCCACGCGCAAGGAGGCCAUCCUCCGCCGCCCCGAACUCUCCCUUCACACGCCUGAGCCCCCCUUCCGAUAG